AUGGCUGCAGCUCUCUGGCUCUGCAUCCUGUUGCUGGCAAACACGGUGCCUUGCACCGAGGCGCAACUCGGACACGUGCAGCGCGAACCACUCCUGACACUUGAUCAAGAGCCCGUCAAGCUACGCUUUUUGCCUGAUGGCCGCCUGUUGGUGCUCGAACGGUUGGGUCGCCUGACGCUGCUCAAUACCAGCUCGCUUGAAGCGGCCACAUACGCGCAGUUUGACACCAGCCGCCUGAUGCAGGGCGUGGAGUACGGUCUUUUUGACUUUGCGCUCAGCCCGGAAUUCGAAACGGACCAGCAGAUUUUUCUGUAUUGGUCGCCACGCCAACCCGAGCAAUUGCGAAUUUCUGUCUUCACCCAUGAGGAGAACGACGGCGGUCUGUCCAGUCGCUUGGAUCUAGCUUCGGAAAUAACCAUCUGGACCGAACCCGAGACGGGAUACAACAAUGCCUGUUGCCACUUUGGUGCGGGCUUGGACUUUGGGCCCGAUGGCAAGCUGUACGUGGCCGUGGGCGACAUGUUUCAGGGCAACGUGGCUCAGAACCCCACCUCUGCGCGUGGCAAGCUGCUGCGCCUCAACGCGGAUGGCUCCAUACCCAGUGACAACUGGGGGGCUCAGAUGGGCGGCACCUUCUAUGCCGGCAUCCAGGCCAUGGGCCUCCGUAAUCCCUUUAGCGGGCGCUGGGACCCCGUGUCUGGCCUCUACGUCAUGGCUGAAGUCGGCGGCAAUGAUCAGGCCAUCUCAACAGAAGACGUGCACGUGUACGACCCCACAAAAAUGGCUGGUGCCAAUUAUGGCUGGCCAAUGUGUGAAGGCAUGUGCAACGACACCCGUUUUCCAACGUGUGAUUGUCUGUUGCACGAAUCUGCCUUGUACGCUGUGCCCCACGACGGCUACGGCAUGGCCAUUGUUGGUGGCCUUGUAUACCGUGGCUCCAUGUUCCCCAGCCAUUACGACGGAGCCAUUAUCAUCGGCGAUUACGUGUCGGGUUGGAUCAAGGUGUUGGAAACGACCUGGAGCCCAGAGCCAACCGUUGUCGAAUCAACAACAAUGGCACAGUUUCAGGGAAAUCUGCUCAGCUUGGCGGAGGGCCCCGAUGGAGCCAUCUAUGCCACGGACAUGGCUGGCCACGUCUUUCGUUACAUGUACUAUGAUGGCAACCGACCGCCAGUGCUUCACAACGUUCAAUAUCAGGCAUUUUGGCCCGAGGCACCGGUGACAAUCACGCUGACCGCCAAUGCCUCGGAUCCGGAAGAGAGCCCGCUGAGCUAUAACUGGUACAUGGAGGGGCAGGUCAUUCCCUGGGCAGUCGGUCAAAGUGCUACGCUCAGCCUGACGCAGGCUGGAAGGUAUGCCGUGGCAGUGGUCAUCUCGGAUGGUCACAUGACCACCAGAAGCCAUUCCCUACCCUUGACCGUCGGCGCACCUCCCGCUUUGGAGCUGGCAUCUCCCCUCAACAAUUCGGUCUUCUCUGCUGGUAAUCGCUUGGACCUGAUUGCGACAUCUGCCACGCCCAAUGCCACGCUGGCCUGGAGCGUCCGCUUUCGUCAUGACCAGCACUUUCACCCCACCAUGGCCUGGACUGAGGGGGCACAACUCGAGUUUAACGCUCCUGUGCGUGGUCACAGCUUUGGUGGCCAGACUGGCUACCUCAUUGAAGCGCGCGCUACGGAUGCCCACGGCCUCAUGACGCUCCAGCACGUUAAUAUCUGGCCUCGCAAAGCGGCGAUCGUCUUUGCCAGCAAUCCCAGCGGGGCCAUGCUUCUGGUCGACGGCAUUCCACAUGCUCUACCAUACACCUUGGACACCCUAGUUGGCUUCCAGCACGAGCUUCGUCUCGAGCCUGCAUACUGCCGAGCGGGCGUGCGCUACGUGUUGAGCGAGUGGAAUGUUUCACUGACUGCAUUGUCUGCACUGCCAAACGCUGGGACCUUGGUCGUCGCCCCUGAUGCAGCCACGUACAUGGCCGUGUUUCAGCCCAGCGGAGCUUGCGAUGAGCAUCUGCCUACACACGGCUUGGUGCUGCACGUCGUGGCGGCAGAGAAUGUAACCACAGACGAGUCGGGUCAAGUUAGCCUUUGGACCGACCUGUCAGGCUACAACAACACGCUGGCACCGUUGAUGGGCCAUGGUCCGCAACUCGUCCAGCGGAGCUCCACCCCUGCUCACGGUCCAGCACAAUUUCUGCAAUUUGACGGCGCCGGGGCUGAGCUGGGAGCGGAGGCCUUUGCGGCGCAGCCAACAACCAGCUUUACAGUUGUAGUGGCAGUGCGCUACUGGAGUGCGGGUUGGGGUGGCUUGACCUUUGGUCAGCCCGCCUGCUAUCAGGUGGCGGGGGCCGCCGUGUCGCCGGCGGGCAAUCUGAUGGUCGAGACGUACUGCUCAGGGGAUGGAUCGGAGUCUGCCUGGCAAGGACAAGGGCAGCCCUGGCUGCUCCACACAGUGGUGGCCGAUGGUACCACCAAUCGCAUGCUCGUUAAUGGCUCGACCGUCUCCUCGUUUCUUGUGGGGUGGAACCUUCAGCCCGGCGCUCUCAUGAUGGGCGUGGAGCACGCACGCACCAACUCGGUGCGGAUGGAUGUGGCUGAGGCGCUGGUCUACGAUCGCGCCUUGGGGGUGGAGGAGCUGGCAGCGGUUCAUGCUAUUCUCAUGAACCGCCACUUUAACGUCUCGGAGGCACCGACAGUGGUGGCACAGUUUACAAGUCCUGCGGGCCCCGAUUCGACCCUGGCAAGAGACACCGCUGUCACAUGGCGCUGGAGCACCAACGUCAACGUGGGCACGCAGCAAGCCGCCAUGGAGCUGGAUGGCGUUGAGCAGUAUGCGCUCGACUUGGCUGAGCGCACAACGCAGUCUUGGAGCCUGCCAGCCGGGUUGGCUCCCGGGCCCCACACUCUGACUUUGCUGGUACAGGUGGCCGGUGGUACUGGGGUCGAGCGUGUCCAGUCAACCUCGUUUGUUCUUGAGACGACUGGCAUGAGCACGGAGUCCGCUGCGAGUACCACGCCCGCCGUGAGCAGCACGGAGCAGGUUUCGCAAGUCAUUUUACAUCAACCCAACCCCUUAAUUCCCGUGGUCUCGAACAUUGUUGAGAUUGAAUGGGACACGAUGUUGGAUGAGAAUCAGUACGUCAUGACCAUUGUCAAGCUGGGAGAUCUUGAAGUGGAGGUGGCCCAGCUUUCUGGCGUGUACCAGUUUACCAACGUCGCGCCAGGGGAAUAUGACGUUUUUGUGGCCGUCAUGCGAUCUACGGGUGCACCGCUCAUGGCGCGUACAGUCGUGGAGGUGAUAUCCGCCCCCCUGGAGACGACCCAAGAACCCAGCAGCAAUGCGGGGACAACAACCGCCCCGCUGUCAUCAAGCACGCCUGAUGCCCAUAUCGAGUGGAUGACAGAGUUGGCAGCCAAUGUCAGCGCUGACUUUCCUCGCGAUGGCUACCGCGUGCAGUUUGCUGGAGCGUGGCCAGGGGUGCCAGCAGGCAUUGCGAUGCGAUUUGCUACGGCCCUGGACCAACCCAGUAGCAAGGCCUUUUUCAGCCGUCGCAUGACCCUGGAUAGCUGCUUUACAGAGUGUGAUCGUGAUCCCUACUGUCGUGCAGUUCAUUACUGGCGCACGUCGACCGACGAGUAUUGUUCGGGCCUGUUGGACCAGGAUUUGGGGACGAGCGUUGAGACGACGCAAACCAGUUUGGGGUUUGUCAAGGCGGCAACAACCGUUGCCGCACCUCAAUUGUGUGCCUACGGACGUGAGAUGGGCACGGGUGCGCUAAGCGCGGGGUGCGAUUGCGGCGGGAACUGCCAAACACGGGCAGAUGCGGCGGAACGGGUGGCGCUUGUGCUAUGUCUGUUUGAAUCUGGCUGGGCCGUGUCGAGUGGCUCAGACCCCAGCAUUCAGCCCUACAUGAUGCCGUAUAGCGAGGAGUUUGAUCACAUACUACAGUUGCGGGAUUACCGUCUCGUGAGCUGCCACACCGACCUGUGGGCAGAGCACGGCGCCAUAUUUCCGGAUGUUCGCGUCGUGCAGCUGGCGCCCUCGCAACAGGGGCGGUUGGCUGAUAUCCACCUCAUCAAGGCCACACAUCCCAAACACGCGGCUCUUGAUUGGUCCGACGAUGAUUUUGUUGCAGUUGAGGCGGCUCUGGUGCAACGACUUGCCCCACCUCAAUGCUUGGACCUCGAUACAAAUCCAGACGUUUUUCACGAUCGCACUUUAGACUACGUUAACCGACACCCCGCCCGGCUGCUCAACAAGCCGUGGGCCGAUGACGACGAUGACAUUCGACGCCACCGUGCUGACGAGCUUCGGCGCUGUGACAAGAUGAAGCGGAUCCGUUUGAUGCAGUUUGAGCCUCGCGCCACCCAUUGCCUUCGGCCGUCUCUUGCGUCCACUCGUCAUGUGCUCGCAGACGACCCUUUUUUUGCGGGCCAGUGUAUACCCGACCUCGGUAUGCUAUGCCCUCGCCACCCUCAGGCCAUGCCAUGCACUAUGACUCACCGAUGUUGGGCGGGACAUCUGAAUUUAGAUGAUCCUGAAACCAUGCAAGUGCGACGCCCAGUUGAGAAUGCCAAGUCGCAUCAACUUGUGUGCUAUGGGCAAAUUGUGGAAGUCCGGCGCAUUGAGGGGGAGCGCCCUUGGCAGGUCUGCGUCCGCGACUCUUGGGACUUGCCUUUUGAGCCUCGCCUCUGCACAAACUUCGGCUCGUUGGACGAGGCCAACGCGUUCUGCAGGGAGCAGCAGUUGUUUUUGGAGCAGAUCGAGGGUCGUCCACUGAAACACGACAUUUGGGCUACACUACAAGGCACAGAAUUGAAAGAAGUACCAAACCCCGUUCCUACGGAAGCGCCCUCGCUUCUGACUCCCAAGGUGCCCCGGCCCGUGUCGCCAGAGCAAGCCAGACCGCUCAACAGCAGCAACAGACACAGCAACAACAGCUUCGGCAGCAACGCCAACAGCAACUGCAGCAACAACCGCAAAGCCAGCAGCAGCAACAACAGCAACAGCAGUACCAACAGCAACUCCAACAGCAACAACAGCAACAACAACAACUUCAACAGCAACGAGCGCAGUAUCAAGCGACGGCCACUGCUCAACGAAAUUCCUUACAGGUUUGUCCGGUCGAGCAUCCCCGCCACUGUCUUGUACGGACUUGAAAUCUGA